CGAAACCGGCCUGAGGCGGAGAGAGCCGAGCGGGGCGCGGGCGGAUCCCCCGGGGCAGGCGCGAGGGCGGCGGCCGCCAGGAGGAGCCCGGGAAGGGCAAGGAAGGGAAGGCGCGCAGCCGACGGUAUCAGAGUUGAUUUCUACGGUAGUUCAGAAUUAGCCUUGAAGGCACCAAGGAACCCGAACUUCAUAUGAAAGAAGACACUCCAUGGACAGUGAUCUAGCAUUAGUGGUUUGUGGUAAGCAGAGAAGUGAUGGCUGCUUUUAAGUUGGAUUUCCUCCCAGAAAUGAUGGUGGAUCAUUGCUCCUUGAAUGCCAGCCCUAUCUCAAAGAAAAUGAAUGGCACACUAGACCAUCCUGACCAACCGGACAUUGAUGCCAUCAAGAUGUUUGUGGGCCAGGUCCCACGGAGUUGGUCUGAAAAAGAUCUGCGAGAUCUGUUUGAACAGUAUGGUGCUGUCUAUGAAAUAAAUGUCCUGCGGGACAGGAGCCAAAAUCCUCCUCAGAGCAAAGGAUGCUGUUUUGUUACAUUUUAUACCCGUAAAGCUGCACUAGAAGCACAGAAUGCUCUUCAUAACAUGAAGAUUCUCCCAGGGAUGCACCAUCCCAUCCAAAUGAAGCCAGCCGACAGUGAAAAGAAUAAUGCUGUGGAAGACAGGAAACUGUUCAUUGGGAUGAUAUCAAAGAAGUGCAAUGAAAAUGAUAUCAGAAUGAUGUUUUCCUCCUUUGGGCAGAUUGAAGAAUGCAGAAUUCUACGGGGUCCUGAUGGCCUAAGUCGAGGUUGUGCUUUUGUGACUUUUACAACAAGAGCUAUGGCACAAACAGCAAUCAAAGCAAUGCACCAAGCACAGACCAUGGAGGGAUGCUCUUCUCCCAUCGUAGUAAAAUUUGCAGAUACCCAAAAGGAUAAAGAACAGAAACGAAUUGCACAGCAGCUCCAGCAGCAGAUGCAACAAAUCAGUGCUGCAUCAGUUUGGGGAAACCUGGCUGGACUGAACACCCUUGGACCCCAGUACUUAGCACUUUAUUUACAGCUCCUUCAGCAGACAGCAGCUGCCUCCUCUGGAAAUCUGAACACACUGGGCAGCCUCCACCCAAUGGGAGGAUUGAAUGCAAUGCAGUUACAGAACCUAGCUGCAUUAGCAGCUGCAGCCAGCGCAGCUCAGAGCACACCAAGUGGUACCACUGCACUCAAUUCUUCUAACAGCCCUUUAAGUGUGCUCACCAGUUCAGCAGGAUCAUCACCCAGUUCCAGUAGCAGCUCCUCUGUUAACCCAAUGGCUUCUCUUGGAGCACUGCAAACACUGGCAGGGGCUACUGCAGGCCUCAACGUUGGCUCUUUAGCAGGAAUGGCAGCCUUAAAUGGUGGACUAGGCAGUGGUGGUCUCUCAAAUGGCACAGGGAGCACUAUGGAGGCCCUAUCUCAGGCUUACUCUGGGAUCCAGCAAUAUGCCGCUGCAGCUUUGCCCACACUUUACAACCAGAGUCUGUUAACGCAGCAGAGUAUUGGUGCAGCUGGAAGUCAAAAGGAAGGAUAUUUUCAAGGUCCAGAGGGAGCCAAUCUGUUCAUCUACCACCUCCCCCAGGAGUUUGGGGACCAAGAUUUGCUGCAGAUGUUCAUGCCUUUUGGGAAUGUUGUCUCCGCCAAGGUUUUCAUUGACAAGCAGACUAAUCUGAGCAAAUGUUUUGGUUUUGUAAGUUAUGACAAUCCAGUCUCUGCACAGGCUGCCAUCCAGUCAAUGAAUGGAUUUCAAAUUGGCAUGAAGCGACUGAAAGUACAGCUCAAGCGCUCUAAGAAUGACAGCAAGCCAUACUGAGCGCCCCUCCCCUCUGGAACUGGAGUGAGAAGGAUCUUCUGGUAAGUUGGGGAGGAGUGUGCCUGGUGAUUCAAAAACUCUUUAAGGCUGUAUUUUUACAGUCACAGAAGCUGAUUGAUGUCAUUCUAACUGGCACAUCUUCCCCUGAAGACUCGGCUGCAGCCUCUACUGGGAAUUCUUCGGAUGGAGGACGAGUUUGUGAUUCUGUUUCCAGUGUUUUACUUUGGAGUUUAGGUGCCAUAUCGCUGAUUAUUAUUUUUUUAAGUUUGCUGUGUUUGUAACCAGUGUGUUUUGAGAAGGACCAAUGCCAGCCACCUUGGGGAGAUGGGGAGAUAGCAGGUGCAAUUGGAACUGACAUUGCAUGACUUAGACUUAAGAAGGAGAAAAGACCUAUUGCCAGGCCCCAAGUUAUAUUCAUGAAAAGAGGGAGGGAGAGAAUCUGAAUCCAAAUCACUUGGUGGCUGGUUAGUGAACAGACCCUCAAGGAACAUUGCCAAAUCCUCAUUUGCCCAGCUUUACUUAAUUAAUGCCUUAUGGGAGAAUGUUAUACUGAAUCAGUCACUAGGGUGGGAGAAAAGUAAUUGGGCAAACAGAUUCAUGUAUUAAAGGAAAACUGCAGUAAUUAUGAGUGUGUGGUCAGCUUACAAAAUGAUCCAAUUGUGUUUCUAGAGCAAACAUUUACAAUCCAGCCAAAACAACCUUUAAAAAUUGGAUACUUCCAGUUUUCCAGUAUUUGUUGUUUAAUGGAAACUAGGCAAUUUAUAAUGGAGGUAUACAUCUUAGCUCCACAAUUUGCUCACGAUCUGCUGCAAAUUCUGUAUGUCUUGAUUGAAUUUCCUUUGCGGCUUCUGCCCCAGUUUUACAGCUUGUACAUAAAGAUAUUACUAGAAUCAGUGUUCAUAAAGCACUAUUUAAAUCCUAAGUACUAAACUGACAGAUGGCUUCUAAAUAAGCUCAUGGUUCUUUGAUUCCUGACAUUCUGCUUUUUUGCGCACACUCUUUAGCUGAACAUUCAGAAUAAUACUGCCCCAAAGAUCAAAUUUUUUGCUUAUAUAGUUUGAUUUUUCGUAUGUUGCUGUUUUGCUACAUUGCAGUUUUCCUUUGAGUGCAUGGGCCAAUAUAAAACACAAAGGGCUGAAUCUGCUGCACAGGAUCUUGAUCCUGCUAUUGUUUAUCACCCAAUAUAUUUUAACUCACAACUCAGAAUUCUUCCCCUUCUAAUGCACACUUAUUUUUUUCCACACAUAUGAAUUUGCCAAAAUGUUAAAGGGUGGUUUGUUUUUUUUGUACACACUGAUGACAUGGGACUAAAGGGAACUUUGACAUUCUGGCCUCAGCCACGGCAAGAAGUCAGUGUAGAAGCUAGCUCUAAAGCUACAAAAAGCCACCUCUAUCUGUGAGGAAAUGAACGGUGUUAUAUAUAGAUUCACUGCAUUCCUGUGUCCUCAGUCUAUUCGUCUCUUUGGCCCCAUUUUAUUAUUAUGUUUUUUUCACAGCACCCCAGUCAAUCCACAAAUUUUGUGUUUGGGAAUCGUGUUUAGGGGAGCAGGGAGCAGGUUGCUUUUUUAAAAGGCUUUCAGUUCACUCUGUCAGGAAGAGCCACAAGGCUUGUUGAGCCUGAAAUGCCAUUUAAGAAUGUGCCAGAAACUUGGAAAUCAAACAUAACCAGGGACUGGGUCCCCUGGUGUAUCAAACCUCAGAAGUAUAAGAUGUAUUGGGCCUUCCUUCUCAGGUUCAAGUAAUAUUUUUCUUGUGAAUUUGGAAGUAUUGUUGAUGCAAACUGUCAGUAUUAUAAAGCACACAGAAUGGUGGCAAAAAAGGUUGAAUGGUCAGAUUGCCAAAUUUCCCAUUUAUGCUGGCAUAUGGUACCCUUCUGUGUUCAGUAUUUGGGUCUAUUCAGAAGCAUAUGCAUACAUUUAGGUGAACUGUAUACAUUUGAAUUUUGUGCACUAGGAAAAGUUGUGUCCUGAUAUUCUGAGUGGGGGGGGGAGUAUUGGAGUGUUGAGGCUUCCAGAGUUGUCAUGGGAUUUUUUUAAAAAAAAUAAAUAAUAUACUUUUCGGGGGGCGGGUGUCAUGGUUGGGAGCAGCUGCUCCAUUUGCAACCUGAUAUAACCAAGAAUGUUGUUUCUAUUUUUAUAGAAGUUUUAUACUGCUCCAGGGUGGAGAAUAUUUAUUAUCUAAAUUAUUUCACUGGAAAAAACAGGGUUUUGCAUAAUCCUGAAUGUGAUUGUGUUACACAUACAUACAGCAAUGUGCAUGAUUGAAACUACUGACUUUCAGUGACCUGUCUGCAGUUGGAAAAGCUGCUAAAUAGGAAAAGAAUUAAUGCUGUGAACUAGCGGAGAGGGAAAGCUGUGCUCAAGUUUCUCUAUAGUCACUUCUCCCAGUACUUCCUCUCCCCUGCUCCCUCAGUUACGUUUUUGUUUUGACUACCCAAAUUAGUUUUCUGUGAAUUAUCUGUUCGCUCACCCUUUUAUUUAAUGUCCAUAAUAUUCCUAAACAGCAUAUAUGCUCUCAUCAUGGAAACUGUGAGGCAAAUCACCUCCUGUUAAAUUAACAUGACAGCAAGUGGGUAUAGAUGGUUUUAUAAUCUGAGAAGUGUGAUUUAUGUGAGUGCUCUCAUCCCACCUGAGAAUUGCCAAAGUAAACUUUCCAGGUUAAAUUCCAGAAAUCAGGACUCUGGUGUGUAUUGGCAAAGUUGCUGCGCCUUCCCUGCUGGUGCUCUGAAUUACUUUUAACUAGAGGAAUUUAACCCCAUAUUCCUCUCCCCUCCCUCAGUUUAAUUCUGAUCUGCCCAUUCAUGCUUUUCAAAACAAGUAAUAAAACUAAGUCUCUGGAGUAGGUUCUCUAUUGGCAAGGAAAUCGUGCACACAAAUUCAGCUUUCCACUUGUAGGAUUACGGCCUAUUUGUCACAUUGUGGGUUGUUCUGCACAGUUUUUAAUUUCCUCCAUCCUUUUUCUUUUCCAAGUUUGAACAGAUCCUUUGACAUAAAACCCUGAAUGUUACCUUUUUACUAUCCCUCUGUAGGAGACCAGAUUAUUAUCUAUGUUUGAUCCAAUAUGACAAAGGGAUCAAAUUGGGAAGCACAGCCAAUUUUAGUUGUUCUUUAUUAAGAAAUACAGGCUGCUAUGUAUCAACUUAAGUUGUAUUUAACCUAAAACAAUCAUAGAUGUAUUUUAGAUUAAAACAAGUUCUCAGAAUAAAUUGGGUGUCUGGUAACAUGCAGAGACAAAUCUGUAAUCAAUAAAAGAAGAAACGUUGAACUGAAAAGUAUUUUGGGCUGACUUUGGCAUUCCUGAGGCAUACCCCCCCCAAAGAAAAGCCUUAUUCUUGUAAUUAAAAAAAGGCUCUCAACAACUGCUGAUGAAUUUGCCUCACAAUAGUGUGCAUUUCCUCUGUAACAUUUUAACUUGAGUAAAUAUAUGUAUAUCCUUCAGCCUUGUGAGUGUGUCCGGGGGGGGGGGGAGAAUCUACUUUUCAGAUUCUGCUUGAUGUACAUGUUAAGAUAAAAAAUCUAAGACAGUAGAAUAGCUUAGCACUUGUAAACAGAAGCUCAGUUUUCAUUUGGGAAUUCACACACACAAAUAGAAAAAUAAACUUUUUAACACUGAAAUGAAAUGCAACCGUAUGUUUUAAAUCAGAAUAUUAUAUGCCUUUAAUUGUAAUUGGAAUAAAAGUUACAAUAAACCUAACAAGCCUGCUUUUUCCAGUAAUCACAUGCUGCCUCAGACAGUUUUCCAUGUCAUUAACAGAAUGCUUAAAUGUAUUUGUCAUGCAAAUCACAUCUCUUGUGUUGUGCCCUUAUUGGAGAUUCUAUCAAUUCUGAGAAAAUGUCAAGAUACUCAGACAAAAUUCCUUCCACUCAAACUGGUAACAGUGACUGUAGAAUUUAUGAGAGCCCAGAAUUCCACCUCACAAAGUCAGGGAGAAGGAUUUAUUUAUUGAAAAAGUUGCAAACGUUUAUUUGUAGGUAUUAAAUAAAAAGGGCUCAGCUGAGGCAAGUCUUGACUUGCAAUAAAGUCUUAAUUCCUUCCUAUUUCAAAGGGUUUCACUUCUAUUUAUGUAUCUUAUGUCAUUUUUUGGUUCUAAAACCAACAGCCAGUAUCCUUGUUUCCUAAAGAAUAGCUGAAACAGAGGAUGGAUUUCUUAGGCUACUACUGCCUAUGUAUGUCGCAUGAUAGGAAAGAAGAAAGUAUAAUCAACCAUCAACCCCAGUGGUUCCUCCUGUGUCCCCCAUCUCUUAAAAUCACCCUGGAACCACAUUUUAUGGAUUCAAGAUCUAACAGGAGGAGUUCUGUGUUGUCUUCCUCAAGCAGAGGUAGCAGGAGCACUGGCUCAGGGCUGUGGUGACUGCACAGCUGUCUGUAAUGCCACUAAGCCAUAGUCCAUUCUGUAGCUAGUGUCUAAAGGAAAUCCCAGGCCUCUACUUCUAUCUAGUUUCUGGUCGUUUUGAUAUUUAUUUGGUGUCUUAUGCACUUCAACUUUUACUUGUUUGUUGUUGGCAUGUGCUGCCCUUCCCUGUCAACUCCCCUCCCCAAGAGGUCUCAUUGUACAGUGCCCAUUCUUGUUCUCUCUUUCUCACUCUCACUCUCUUUCUCUCUCUGUUUGGAUGUACUGCUCUGUGUAACUCAGUGGGUCUCCUUCUUUCUGGUUUGUUUUUUUUCUAGAUUCCUGCCGUUUGUUCAUCGUUGUGCCUAAAGCAUGUCGAUGUGGCGUUCAAGUACAUCGUCCAAAUCCUUGUCUCUUCAGCUUCUCUGAUGCUUGAACUCUCACCUUUGACCUUGUGUUGACUUUUUGAUGCUGAUGUGUAUUUUUAUUAUGUUUGUUUCUUUUCUUUUCUUUUUUUUUCUUUUUUGUGCUGCCAAAUUGGUUUUGCUAGAAAGACUGCUGAAGGGGAAUAUUUAAACUUGCAUUUGAAUAUAAAAGAAUUCUAUUUUUCUAGAACUUCGUAAGAUAACCACUUGAUUUUGUGAUUCUGAUUCUUUGUAACUGUCUUCAGAGCAGCCUUGCUAGCAUACCUCGUGGAGUAUUGUAUUUCUGUGAACAUACAGCCAAUCACUUUCUAGGCUUAGUUUUUUCUGUGUGCUUAGUUUUAAAACAAAUCUUUGAAGGAAAAGGUAAAAUGAUGCGACUUUAAAAAUUUAGGAGGCUUCUGGUCACAUUUUGCUGAAUCUAUUUUCUGUGCUUGAGGAGACAGCAUGUAUUCUUUGACUUGAGUAGCCUCAGCAGAAAACACUUGAACUACACUUUCUCCUGAUUGUAGCUGCAUUUUUGCCCUGGCACUUACUGUUUUUUUCCUUCCUGUGUGAUUAUCAGCCUUUGUCUGCAGUGAAAUUUAAUCAAAGUUGAUGUUGUAUUUUGUUAAACCCUAGCAUGCUUAGUUUUUUGUAACUACAGUAUCCUCAUUAAAAUGUGAGAUUUUUUUCCCCUUUAAAAACUCAAAUAACGCCCUUGUAAACGUUUUGCAUGUUUCCUGCUGUGUUCUUCACAACCUUGUGUAUAUAAACACCCUUCACCUCUGUUUUCUAUAGUUUGUGCAAAAAACUGAGUAAUUCAAUAGGUUUCAGAUCUAUCCUUUUUUGGAUGCCAGACUUGUGGUCAUAUGUCACGUAAUGACAUCUCCUGUGCAUUUAGACUGCUUUACACGAUAUCUGCACCUUGCUCUAUCAUCACAGCUAUUGAAAGGUCUCAGGGGGCUUGAUUGCACUGUUCAGGUGGUGGUGGCGGCGGCAGGGAUAGAAGGAAAGGUGUGGGGUGUUUGCAGUAAUAUUGCUUCUAAGAUCCAUUGGAGCGAAAGCUCUUUUGGGGUAGCCUUAAUUUGUACCUCUUGUUUAAUAUGUGGCUUGCUUUGUGAGGUUUAGCACCAUUAAAGCUCAGUGGAUGGAAGCUUGAUUGCUCUCCAGUCUUUACACUUGAAGUAUCAUGUUCUGCAUAUCCCAUAGAAGGAAUCUGUAAGUUUAGGCACAGAACUGCUGACUCUUUCCCCAAGCGACAAGCACAAUAUAACAGCCUAAUAGCUGUUGCCUGAACAGGGUACCAACCCCGGCUCCUUUUCUCAGGGGCCUUAGCUGGGGGAUGAUCUCUACAGAGAUUUUUUUUUUUAAGUUCUUAAAUUGGGUAAGGAGUCAUGCAGUCUUUCUUUCUUUUUUUCUGGCCUGAUGAAGAAAUAGCACGGAUUAUCCUUCUCUGGGAAGCAUGCGUCAGCCUUCCUGCAUAAACGACCUACUGUAGAAGCUGAGACUUAGUACUGGGUUUCACAGCACCUGCAAGAAACUCCUGUGGUAGGUGCCUAAUCACAAGGGGCAAAGGGUUGGGGAAGCUAUAAAGGAACUUCAGACAGGAGAAAGGAAUGUGAGCAAAACUUCAUAGAGUAGGGAUGUUUAGGAGACCUGUCUCUAGGCCAUAUGGAGUGUUCUAGUCUUUAGGACAAAAAAAAAUUCUGCUCCAUUGUUGGGUGGGUAAUAUUUCUCCAUGCUUGUUAGAUAAAUAUGCAUAGGUAGCUGUUCCCUCAACCUUGUGGUCUUCAACUUUUGAGGGUGAGAGUUGCUUGCAAAGAGAUGAUUGCAAUAUCUGGGUAUACAGCUGUGAGAUAGUUGCUCUUAGGCUCACAGUCGCAAUGCACAGGGAUGUCUGAUGGCAGGGAAUGUGAGACCCUGCAGUGUAUUGAUUAAUUUUGCCAAUACAUUUCUUUACAAUGCGCGUAUAGUUUCAUGAGGAACUCUGGGGGAGCCUGUGGAAACAAAAAUCUCUGGAGAAAACCAAAAUGCCAAACGUUGGAUGUUCCUUUUCUUCUUUCCUUUCUUUCUUUGGUUGUUUUAAUUAUUCUGUGGUGGUUUUAAUGAAUUUGAGACAGUAACGCAGCAGCUGCCUUUUAUUUCUGGCUGCUUUUUGUGAAUAAUUUAAAAAAAAAGAAAAUUUACAUUUUGGAAACAAACCUGUGGGCUUUUUUUAUUGGUACACACAUUGUAUUUAACACUAGGGGUUUUGUACAGUUUUUUGGGCUUUUCUACUAGAAAACAAUGUAAAGUGAUUCACAAAUGUGACAAGAAAACAAAUUGCCACUAUGACCAAAUGUAGAGUCUGUUCUGCAGUAACAGGAUUUAAUCAACUCAAAUUUGUGAUUCUGUUGUAGCAAUGCUUUUCUUUCCUUGUUUGAGCUGUUCCUUUUUUCUUGUUUGAUUUGCAAAAUGUCCUUUUUGUGUGAAAUUGUGUUGUACUCUGUAGAAAAUUAUGGCUUUUACUUUAAUGGUUUAAAAACAGAAGCACGUGUUGCUUUUCUGAUCACGGAGUUUGUGUAGUGGAUUUAAAAAUGAAAGUUUUGUUAAGUUUGGAACAAGCGAGUAUGUAUUAAGGAAUUUUCUUCCUUUUGUGUGUGGUUUCUUUUUGUCCCACUGGGGAACCUAAUGCCGUUUUAAUUGCACAGACACACAGACAAGAAGUCAUUUUGUAUAUGCCAAGUGUGGUACCUCCCUUUGUUUAUUUGCUAAUAAACUGUUUGAGAAGAA